AGCUUUUUGCCCAAGCUGCACAGAAGCCAUGGAGGAUGACUAUGCGCAUCCUUACGAGGAUUCCAUAGAAAAGUUCACGACCUAUGAGGAUUAUCUCGACAGCCAGAUUACCCCUCAGGACAGAUUCUACCUGGAGGAGGAUGAGCUGGCCAGACAGCUCGUGGAGAUCGGAUGCCGGAAGGGGGAGGUCUUGACCCGAGAGGACUUCGCAGCGAGAAGAGAAGCUGCAGAAAAUGCCAAGAAGGCACGUCUGCAGAAUGCCCCGAAGGUGCUGGCGAGUGCGCAGAAAAACCUGACGGACUUUCCGGUUCUUCGGCAUUUAGCGUGCCGGGAGGAGUUGGUGCGCAGUGGCAAGCUCAGCACCAUCAUCUUCAUCAGAGAUAAGAACCACCGUGGCCAGGAGAUUUCUGGCUACAUAGACUACGGGCAUCGUCUCAAAACAGAGAACUUCGAACCGUACUUUGAGCGAAAGAAGCGUCUUUUGCCAAAAUCGUCCGAUCUUUCAUUCUACAACUGGGACACCCAGCACUCGACCUCCAACGAGAGCCCAAACUUUCAAAUCCUGCCCGACCACGAGCAGGGCUUGCUCUUCAAGAACAAGAGGGACCGCAAGGUCAUCAGUGUGGACCCGCGCUCGGAGCCUGGGGACAACUCCAAGCGCUUGGAGGUUCCCACCACCGAGUACAUUCAGGUUGUUAUCUUUGACCACAUGACAAGGAAGAAGAGCUGAGCCUUGAGUUGAUCGUUUGUUCA